ACGAGCACACUUGUGAAUGCGAACCCCCCUUUCCCUUUCUCUCUCCUCUUUCUCUCUCUAGGGCUUUGUGGGUUUUUGAACGCCAAUCCUUCUCUUCAAUGGGUGUCUUCAAAAUUCUCUGAAAUCCCUUCUGAAAGCUAUAAUCUUUGCAGAACCCCAUUUUACAGAACCCUGUUCCUUUACCAAUAACACCCUCUAUUUUGUUUCCUAACGUUGUUGUUGUUGCUUGUUGGCUGUUGGUUGGUCUUGUUUUUUGUUUUGUUCCGCUUUGUCAAAUUCCCCUGCUACUCAAUCGACUAGUCACCAAAUUCCUUCCAAAUGGCACCUUCAGGAGCGAAAAUGGCGACAAGACCCAGAAGAAAUAUACGCACCUCCAAGGUGAAUAAGAAAAUCAAGAAGACAACCACGAAGAAGCCACAGAACCAGAUUCCGCCGCCACAGAACGACGUUGUUCAAUUUCCUGACGACGACGGCGGCGGCGGCUACAGCACGCCAAAAGCAGAGAGAUUCAGAAUCCCGGAGAUUCUGACAUGUCCACCGGGGCCGAAAAAGCAAAGACCCAUCUCCGAUUGUUCCUUCCGGCGAUCGCCAAUUGCCUUUUUUGCCCCUCCAGAAUUAGAGCUCUUCUUCUUCAUCGCCCGACCGGACAUUUCAGUUUGAAGCUCAAAAACAUCAUUAAUCAAAGCUCGCAUGUUCAUACAACUUUUACAGACAUUUCAAUCAAAACCCACUUCUUAAUUUU